AUGCCUACUAGAAAGACUUGUUUACCAGCCGGUUUGCUAUGCAAAUUCCCUUACAAUAAUUUGCAACUGAUGGUCCAAUCCGGUGCAAAGGGUUCUACAGUCAACACUAUGCAGAUCUCUUGUCUUUUGGGCCAGAUUGAAUUGGAGGGUAAAAGGCCUCCUGUUAUGAUAUCGGGGAAGUCUUUGCCCAGUUUUCCUGCUUAUGAGCCUUCACCAAGGGCCGGUGGAUUUAUUGAUGGCCGGUUUAUGACCGGGAUUCAACCACAGGAGUUUUUCUUCCAUUGCAUGGCUGGCCGUGAGGGUCUGAUUGAUACCGCCGUCAAAACCAGUAGAUCAGGUUAUCUCCAAAGAUGUUUGAUCAAACAUUUGGAGGGCUUGACAGUUAAAUAUGACCUGACAGUCCGCGACAGUGACAAUAGUGUGAUUCAAUUUUUGUAUGGGGAAGAUGGAAUGGAUAUUUCCAAAGUUCAAUUUUUGAACAAAAAGCUAAUUCCAUUUUUGAAUGAUAAUUCUGAUGUCAUCUUGAACAAGAAAAUUGUUGAAAAGUUCAAUGAAGAAGGUGUUCCUGAAGAUUUGACACAAACUAUUAAACAGGUAAGUAAGCGCUUAAAACGUUGGAAGCGCAAAUACGGCGAUCCCUUACAAAAAGACAGAACAAGCCCAUUCGCGCAGUACUCCAGAAAAUAUUUACCGGAAAAAGACAGCAUCGAGUCGGCCCAAAAAAAAUCCAAAAUGACCGGCAGAACCCGGUUGACCAAAAAGGUCAUCAAAAUGUGGCGUGCGAUCCCUAAAGAAGAUAAAGAAAAAUUGAAAGCCAAGUUGAAAAACAUGUGUCCGGAUCCCCUGAUCUCUAAAUACCAACCGGAUCACUACUUUGGGGUAAUAAACGAAAAUUUGGAGAACUUGAUGAAGGAUUAUUUGGAUAAACAGAAUGUCAAGGAGGAUUUUGAGGAUAUGAUAAAGUAUAAGGCGAUGACCACUUUAUGUGAACCCGGUGAACCCGUAGGCCUCCUAGCAGCCCAGUCUGUGGGCGAACCGUCUACUCAAAUGACCCUUAACACUUUCCAUUUUGCUGGCAGAGGUGAAAUGAACGUCACUUUGGGUAUUCCUCGUCUCAAAGAAAUCCUAAUGACUGCCAGUAAAGACAUCAAAACUCCUUGCAUGGAUAUUCCCUUCAGAGAAAAUGUAGCCAAACAUUUUUCCGAAACCGAACGCCUCAGAAAGAGGUUGGUGAGGGUUACGAUUGCCGAAGUUUUGAAGAAGGUGCAAGUGCAUCGGAUAGUCACCGGUGCGAGGAAUAAAAUGCACAAGUAUUCGGUGAAGUUUGAGUUUUUGCCUCAUGGUGCUUAUAAGAACGAUUUUUGUGUGAAGCCGAAGGGGAUCAUGAAGUUUAUGGAGCAGAAGUAUUGUCAGUCGCUGAUGAGGGCGAUUGUGAAGUCUUCUAAUAGCAAACAAAUGUUGAUUGUGGAUGAAAAACAGAAAUCUAAGAGAAACAAAAAAGACAAUGAUGAAGAAAAUGAAGAUAAGGCUGCGAAGAAAUCAGGGUACAAGACUUUUGGAGAAGACUAUGCUACGUCUGAUGAAGAUGAAGGACUUGGCGAUGAUGAAGAUGCGACAAACGCUCGCAAAAGAUCAAGGCAGAAGGAUGAUCAGGAAUACGAUGUGUCUGAAGAUGAACAGAAUGAUGUUACGUCAGAAGAUGAUAUGGAUGAAGAUUCAAAUGAAUCCAAGAACUUGGAGAAUGGUAAUGAUGCUGAUGAUGUCAAAACCGAAAUGUGUGAUGAUGGUUUCACUUUUGAUGAAACAAACUACCUUUGGUGCAAAUAUGUCUUUACGUUGGGCAUGCAUUACACAAAAGUAAAUCUACCUGAAAUCCUGAAAGGCCUUGCUGAAAAAGCCGUCAUUUGGGAAACACCGAAUAUUAAACGAGCCAUAACUUACCAGAACAACGACGGCGAACUUGUUCUUAAAACCGAUGGCAUCAAUAUCGUUGAAAUGUUCAAAUACAACGAUCUACUAGAUUUAAACAAAUUGUACUCCAACGACGUACAUUGCAUCGCCCAAACUUAUGGCAUUGAAGCCGCUAGCCGAGUGAUAGUAAAGGAAGUACAAAACGUGUUCAACGUUUACGGAAUCACUGUAGAUCCCAGACAUUUAUUACUGAUCGCCGAUUAUAUGACAUACGAUGGAACUUUCCAACCCUUGAGCCGAACCGGGUUGGAAACAUCGGUGUCACCUUUGCAGCAAAUGUCUUAUGAAUCUUCACUGACGUUCUUGAAACAAGCUACCAUAAAAGGUAUGCAAGAUGACCUGAAUUCCCCUUCAGGUCGACUGAUGGUAGGACAGCCCUGCGGUACAGGUACGGGUACUGUUUCUUUACUAAAUAAAAUUUCACAUGUGGCUUUUGGGUGA